AUGGUUGAUAAUGAAAUACUCUACAGCUGUGGUAAAGAGGGCGUUUUCAGUGUGGAAGAUGGUGUGUCAAAAUCGUUACUAGCAAUUCCCGGAUGGCUGGCCGAAGGACUCUGUGCAACUAGUACAGGCGAACUUCUAGUUUGUGUCUUUAAUAAGUCAUCAAAGGAAGUUAAGAUUAUCAGAUGUGAUAUGUCGAGGAUGAAAGGAGAAUUGAUAAUAACUCAAGAAAUUCAGUUUAAUAGAGACAAACCUUUGUUUCAUUUCGGAAAAUUUGAACACUUUGUUGCCGAAAAUAAAAAUGGAGACGUCUGUGUCUCUGAUGCUAAUGCUGUUGCAGUCAUUGUAGUUGACAAGGCAGGGAAGUUCAGAUUUAAGUCCCAAGGAACAGUUAUCAUUUACAAAAAGAUGUUUUUGCCGGACCAAAUCACCACGGACGUUGAAUGCAAUAUUAUCGUAUCUGAUUAUAUGAACAAUUGUUUACACAUUCUAGACCAAAAUGGUUCGUAUUUGAAAUGUGUUGACAAUUGUGGAUUAGACUUUCCCAUACCUUUAGAUACUGACGAGAAUGGUGAUCUUUUGGUUGGGGUCUACCUCACCGGGCAGAUUAAAGUGAUACGUUAUCGCAAAUGA